GGCGUGUCGCUGUCGGUGUCCGGUGCCGGUGCCGGGCCAUGGCGCGGGUGCUGGUGGUGGGCGCGGGGCUGACGGGCGCGGCGGGCGCGGCGCUGCUGCGCGGGGCCCCGCGGGGACAAGUGGCCGUGUGGGACAAGGCGAGGGGCGCAGGGGGCCGCAUGAGCACGACCCGCGCCGACCGCGGCAGCGCCGACCUGGGCGCGCAGUUCGUCACCUGCGAGCCGGAGCUGGCGGGGCCGCGGCUCAGCUUCUACGAGGAGCUUGUCACUCACGGCAUCCUGAAGCCACUGACGGCUCCCGUGGAAGGAAUGGUGGUGAGAGAAGGCUCCUGUAAUUUCGUGGCACCCCAGGGCAUCUCCUCGGUGGUCAAGUACUAUUUGGAGCAGUCAGGUGCAGACGUGUCCUAUGAGCAGCAGGUCACUGACAUUUCCCUGCGGGAUGGCAGGUGGGAAGUCUCCAGGAAAGCUGGGCCCCCGGAGCACUUCGAUGUGGUAAUUCUCACCAUGCCUGUCCCACAGAUUCUCCAGCUGCAGGGUGACAUUGUGAGCAUAAUUAAUGAAAGUCAAAAGCAGCAACUGGAAUCUGUGAGCUACUCAUCCCGCUACGCCCUGGGACUGUUUUAUGAGGCUGGCACAGGGAUUGGUGUCCCCUGGGCUGCUCGCUACGUCGCCGACAAUCCCUGCGUGCGCUUCAUCUCCAUCGAUAACAAGAAGCGCAAUAUAGAGUCUCCUGAAGUUGGGCCCUCAGUCGUGGUGCACACCACUGUGACCUUUGGCAGCGAGCACCUGGACUCAGACCCUGCAGAGGUGCAGCAGAUCAUUCUCAGCCACCUGCAGAGGAUCAUGCCCUCCCUGCCUCAACCAAGCAGCAUCAAGUGCCAGAGAUGGAGAUACUCCCAGGUUACCAGAGCUGUGCCCAAUUGUCCAGGACAGAUGAUUCUUCACACUCAGCCUCUCCUGAUCUGUGGGGGUGAUGGAUUCACUCGUUCCAACUUUGAUGGCUGCAUAGAGUCUGCCAUGAGCCUUGCAGAGGCUGUGAAGCCUCAUCUACAGCAAUUUCAAACUCAGGCUGCUCAACUUCCUCUAGAUUUGUUAUGAAUUUUGCUGUGAUGGAUCAAAUUUGAGUUUAACAUGAACAUCGUCUUGCAAAAAAAAAAAAAACCAAACAAAUAAAGGAAGAUGUAUCAGAGCCCUGGAAUAAUUAUUGGGAUGGAAUUAAAUUGAGUUUUCCAGGAUCUGUGCUCAGAGUGGUUACUUUGAUUAAAAUAAGACUUUCCCUGGCUGUAGGCAGAGGCACAGAGCUCCAGCACUCUUGCCAGGUCUCCUGAUACUUUUACAGCCCAUGAAAAUUAUGUCAAGGAGAGGAGCCUGACUUGAAGCAGCACAAAAAUCCAUGAAGCUGCAGAGUUUAUUCCUUGGAAGCUCCUUAUUUUCUCCUUGUCCUAGUGCCUGGGAAUGGCUUCCCACUGCCAGAGGGCAGGGAGGGAUGGGAUAUUGGGAAGGAAUUGUUCCCUGGCAGGGUGGGCAGGCCCUGGCACAGGGUGCCCAGAGCAGCUGUGGCUGCCCCUGGAUCCCUGGCAGUGCCCAAGGCCAGGUUGGACAAGGCUUGGAGCAGCCUGGGACAGUGGGAAGUGUCCCUGCCAUGGCAGGGGAUGGGUUCAGAAAUUCCUCAGAAAUUAAGCAAGAAAUAAUUUAUUUAUUCUAAAUUGCAUUUUAACUUGCCCUUCCUCUUCAACCACGUGUCACAAGUCUAGUACCCCUCUACCAUAGCACUGAAAAUAACAAAAUAGAGCAGACAGGAUUUAAACCAUUAGAGGAGUACAAUUCAGCCUCUGGUUUUCUUAUUUUACCCCUGUAUUUCACCCAAAUCUGACGUCCUGUAUCACACCAGCUGACCACUGUGAUUUACUGCUGCCUUUGGCCAGUUCUUGUGGAGUAUUUUAAGUGACACUAAGAAUUUAAGACUGAUUAAUUUUAAAAGUAGGCAGAAAACUGGAUGUGAGGCGUUCUUUGGCUCAAUGAUUGUUCUCUCAAGAGCUGUGAUGCUCUUUCAGGGGCUUUGUAUCAGCAGCAGCCUCUGACACCAGCAGUGAGAGACCAGUGCAGAUGUCUCUGACUCCUCCUUUCAGCAAUCUCUCAGCUUUGAUCACCCUGACGCCUCCAAGUACCCAAAUCAAGGAUUCAGAGAUGGUUUUUGAGUCAGGAGAUUUUCAGUUUGGAGCUUUUUCAAAUCCUGCUGAGUCUCAAAUUGGUCCUUCCUCAGAUCCCAGGGUCCCUGAGGCUGGAAAAUCCCUGCCAGCCCACGGAGUCCCAGCUGUGCCCAGUGCCCACCUUGUCCCCAGCCCAGAGCACUGAGUGCCACCUCCAGCCCUUCCUGGGACACCUCCAGGGAUGGGCACUGCAAAGCUCCCUGGGCAGCCCCUGCCAAGGCCUGAGCACCCUUUCCAUGAAGAAAUUCCUGCUGAAAAUAUCAUGCCAGGUCACCAGUUCUGCAGCAUCCCUCCAGGUUAAGAUGAUUUAGGUAAAACCUGCCUGGGUUUUUUUUUAAGGUGGAGAGGAAAAGUUGUUGGAUGUGUUCCUCUGGGCAGCAGGAAUGCUGGGAGUAGGGAGAUGUGGAAUUCUCUCACAGGGUGAUGUUUCAAAGAGCCCACUGUGUCCAGAAGGGUGGCAACAGAAGAGACUUGUCUGCUUGAUUUCCUGGGGUUUUCCCUGAUUUUUGAUUAACUGGCAGAUCCCUCCAUCCCAGCAGCUCUCUCCUUGCUCCCAGACAAUGGGGAUGGCUGUGUCUGCUCUCAUCUGUGCCACAAGCACAGCCUGAAGUGGGACUGGAGCCUCCCAGCUCCCAGACCACGGUGUUCUUGUCUUCCUCAUCACAAGGAAAGCCAGGCCCAUGGGUUCUCAAAGCCCUCCAGCUCCCAGCUGUGGUGACUUCCACCCAGGGAACAUCCCAUGGCAGGGCUGGCCCGUGGCACCCUGUGCAGCCACUGCUCUUUCUCUGGAAUCAGGGAAUAUGGGAACAGAGCUGCAAUGCAUGGAUCUGCCAUCAAAAGUCACAUCCAUGCAGGGAAAAUCCCAGGAAAUCAACCAGACAAGUCUCUUCUGUCUCCAGAGACCUGGGCUGUGGUUUUACACAAGCAUAUGAAAAUAAUUUAAGAGAUUAAUUUAGUUUUGGAGACUUGGGGGUUUUUGCAUUGAGGUUUUUUUUUUUUUUUAAUUAUUUUUAAAAGUCAGCUGCAGGUGGGAGGUGCUGCCCAGCUGAAAGCACCCCUGUGACCACAUUUCCUCUUGGUGGAGGGGCAGCCUUGUGCUGGUGCAGCCCCAGACUCAAAGCAGAGGUCUCUGCUGCUGCAGUGUCACCAGCCUGGGGUGUGACACUGCCAGAGGAGUUUCCUCCUUGAGACGGUGCAAGGAAGAGGAACUUGACCCUGUGCCACCCUGACUGUGUCUGGGUCACCAUCCCCAGCCUGGCACCUGUGGCUGCCUGGGCCAGGGCAGCGUUUGCUGGGCUGCAGAUUCCAGAGUGACCAGCUCCAGGGGGACGGUGACAGGGCACAGGGGGGCUGUGACAUGCCAUUAGGAGGCUGUGCUGGACCCAGCAGCCCAGCUGCUCCCUGGGGAGGACCAGGGCUCUCUCUGAGCACCCUGAGCCCCUGUGCAGAGAUUUUCCUGGAGCCAGAGCCGGUUUUGCCUCUAAUCCAUCCCCUGGCUCAGCUGUGCUGUCCCUAAGCCGCUUUGUGUGGCAGAGCUGGAGCCCUGAAAUCCCAGAGCCUUCUGCUGCUGCUGUGCCCUGAUCACUGCAGCUCCUCCCUGUCACCCUCCUUGGGAUUUGGGAUUCAUUCCCACUCUCAGGGGGCACCUCCAUGGGACACAGGGCAGUCCCUUUGCUGAGGAGGAGGAGGGAGAGUGACUGGCUUCAUUUUCAAGAAGAUCCAAGCAAAAUUUCUCCCCUGGAGGUAAAUAAACUGAAGCAGGGGGAGAGUUAUGGCUUGCUGGAGUCCCAAAUGCAAGGAGCUCUCAGAGCUUUGGGCAUGUAAGGCCAGGCUUGGAAUUAAACCCAGGAUUUGAUCUGAGACCUCAGAAAAGGCUUCCAAACUUAGGUGCUAGAAGGGAGAAUGUGGAUUUAUAGCUUAAAGCAGAGACACAUUAAGGUAAAAAGAAGAAAGUUUAGAGUUUUAAAGAUAUAAAAAUGGAAGUAGUUACAAGGGUAAGCAAGAAGUUUAGAAUGCAGUGCUGUAAAUUUAUGUGUCACACCAUGAUUGGCUAAGAAAACUUACACAGUAACAUGAGUCUAUAAGACAAAAUAUUUAAAGAUUAAGUAAAAAACAAAGAUAUCCUUGUUUUCUUAGUCAAUAAGUCCUUAAAAAGUCUUGUAACUAGGGGUCUUGUGAUCUUCUAAACCAUACAAUAAAGAUGUGAACCAAACUCACCCUUCCUACCUAUGUAAAAGAUUAAAAAAAAAAAUAAACUACAUCAUCAAAACCAAUUCAGGAGUCCCAUCUCUAACUCAUUCAAAAAUCCCCAAAAUGGCUCAACCUCAGGGGAGAAAUUUCAUGUUGGGUAAAUGAGGUGCAGAGCACGUGGCUGUCAUCUUAGAGGUUGUGGUGAUGGAGCCCCUGGAGACCCUUGGAAAGGCUUCUGGUCCUUUCCUAGUUUUCAUCCCACAGAAAAACCCAGCCAGGUGUGUGUGGCUGUCACCUGUCACCCUGAUUUUUUAAGAUUUUCUAAGCCUUCUUAUUCUUACACUCUUGUAAUGAACUUUCUCACACACUUUCUGUAAAUAACUUAUUGUUUUGCAUUCUUUCAUGGAGGAGGAGAAAUUUGAUGGACUCUUGGUUUGUCCAUUGUCAUUGGAGAGGAGACACUUUCACCCUCCAAUCCACUGUCACUUUUGGAAAUCUAUAAAUGUUGGAGUCAGAAAAAUAAAGGUUCCCUUUUUACCUUGGAAA